AGAGAAAGAAAGUAUCUGAGUUCCAGUUCCACAUAAUUUUAACGAACGCGUUUGCGCAGAAAUUGGCUAAACCCACCCACCCUAGACCUAAACCCUCCUAUUUCCAAUUCCAUUUCUCCAUUUCAUCGUUUCAAAUAUCAAAUUCAUGGGCUUUUUGUGUCAAUAGAAAUUUCUAUCGUGGAGGUGAAUGUAAAGAAGAAAUCAAUCAAAAAUGGCGUCGGGUUUGCACCAAUGGGAAUCAGACCCUCUCUUUUCAGCCGCUGAAGUUGUUCAAGAUUCCGCUGACAGGAUGGAAUCGAUUUUCCGCUUUCUGCUGCAUGAGCUAGGUCUUGUUCAAGAUGACUUUCCGGACCCAAAGUUGCAUGCGUCGAUAGAUUAUCAUAAGCGUGAGCUUGCAACCACACUUGAAACGGCAAAGUGGCAGUUGGAAGAUUUUGAAAGAGCAGUCAGCUUUUCAGCUAUGACAGGCAAAUCCCAGAUAAACGGGGAUGUAAUUUCAAGGCACAAGCAGUUUAUCAGAGCCAUUAGGGAACAAAUAGCUUAUGUGGAGAAGAGCUUGGAGGGCAAAUCAAUCGAGGAUCCAAUGAGAAAUACAAGAUGGGUCAACUUGAAUGAACAAGAUAGAGAUGGGUUGGCAUUGUUUCUUACUGGGGGAAAUGUCACAUCUGAUUCUUAUGAUGGAGAAGACAGUAAUAUGUUGAGAAGAUUUCUUGAUCCAGCCACGUCAUCUAGUGCCAAAGACGGCACUUCUGGGAUUGUUGAACAGAAAAGCAGAGAAGUUGAGAAUGGAGUAGUGCAUGUGGACAAUAAUAUUAAUUCUAGGAAGGAGAACAACUUGAGGAAAGUCAGUUCUUAUCCUAAUACGAGGUUAGGAUUUGAAUUUACAGAGACCUCUUGUAAGAGACAUGGUGAAGGUGGUAGUUGGGAUCUGGAGGCUGAUGAAGCAAUACCAGAAAACUUCUCAAGCAAGAACAAGUUGAGAGGUGUCUGGAGCAGAAUUAAUCCAUAUGGGUUCUUGACUAACAUAUGGACUAAUUAUGGGAGUAGGGUCACUAGGAGUUAUACUAAGAGAUUUAAAGAUGGAGAAGAACAAAGUCAUUCCCCAUCAUCUGCUGAUGUAUCUCAUGCCCCCCAGGGUAAUCAGGGUAUGUGGUUAGCCAAUGGGUAUAGAUAUUUCAAUGCACUACCUCUUCAGUUUCGAACACAAAUUAUGCACUUGCAGAGCUGGCUUGGUGUAAUUAGGGCAAGAUACCAAAGAUCACCUUACCGCAUCCAAGUCCAGAGAUAUGCUAUUCUGUUGGUUUUGAUAAUAGUAUUGGGACUUAUUAUUAUAGGUACCCAUCUUGGUUAAAACAUUCAUUUGUCGGUUGUCUACACUCUAGACCAUCAUGCUGGUGCAUGCUAGGGCUUUCUUUGUGAGUUUGUUCAUGGUAUUGACACGGUUUUACAGCAUCCGAUUGUUGUACUCGUAACUCGUUUAGAUGCAAAUACGCACAUCACUCCUUAGAGAGUGUGAACUCAUCGGCAGGAGUUCAUUUCAUAUAUGUAAAUAUCAUUGAUUUGAAUAUUCUUUCA